GGGCGUUUUCAUUAAAAAGAAGAAGGUGGGGGGGGGAAAAAACAAGCCCUGAGCAAGGCUGGAAACUUCAGCGACAGGAAGGAAACGGGGUGGUUUAUUUCGGUCUCGAGUUUGCUCGUCGGGGCAAGGCUUGCCUCUUCCGUGUGCCGAUAGCAGCCCCUCCGCGAACAAUGGGGUCGCGGGGCCCUUCCCAGCAGGAAAAUACCUCGUUCCGGUGAAAUCUCCCGGUCGGUGCUGAGUCAGCAGAUCCUGGUGGGACAGAGCGUGGUGCGGAGGGUGCUGGGUUAACCGGCCCGGUGCUGAGCGGGAGCGAACGUGCCGGGAGAGAUGGACACCUUCAGCACCAAGAACCUGGCCCUGCAGGCCCAGAAGAAGCUCUUGAGCAAGAUGGCUACCAAGACCAUAGCUAACGUCUUCAUUGAUGACACCAGCAGUGAGAUCUUGGAUGAGCUCUACCGGGCCACCAAGGAGUACACCCACAACCGCAAAGAGGCCCAGAAGAUCAUCAAAAACCUCAUCAAGAUUGUCAUGAAGUUGGGCGUGCUCUACCGCAAUGGGCAGUUUAACCCCGAGGAGCUGCUGGUGAUGGAGCGCUUCCGCAAGAAGGUGCAUACCUUGGCCAUGACAGCUGUCAGCUUCCACCAGAUAGACUUCACCUUCGACCGCCGGGUCAUGUCAGGUGUCCUUACGGAGUGCCGGGACCUGCUGCAUCAGGCUGUCAACGGCCACCUGACAGCCAAAUCCCACUCCCGCAUCAACCACGUCUUCAAUCACUUUGCAGACUAUGAGUUCCUCUCGGCUCUCUAUGGGCCAUCCGAGCCCUACCGCACCCACCUGAAGAGGAUCUGCGAAGGGGUUAACAAGAUGCUGGAGGAGGACAACAUAUGAAGUUGGCCAAGAUGGGCCAUUGGCAGCGGCUGCCGGACUCUGCCUCCUGUGAGACGGAGGACAAGACGUACGCCUGUUUUGACCAUCACCAGGCUUGAUGUCCUCUUCUCCUCUGUAAUGCUAACUCAUUUUCUCCUUGUUUCUACAAAAGACUGAACCUCUUGACUUUGUCUAACCCUUGCCUGGGGUCUGCAAACCCACCCUGUGCUGGACUGAGUCCUUUCCAGGUGAUCCUGGGCUUCUGGGCUCCUGCUGUACAGUUUGAUUUCCUUUGUCCACUAAGUGCUCUUAGCUCAGAGUCCGAGGAACUGGACUCCUCACCCUGAACUCUAUCGCAAUCCUCCUGGGGGAAAACCAAACCAAAGACAGUGUGUAACACCUCUAAGGUGUCUCUCUGAGCGGGUGGGCAGUUGGUUGGAUGAACAGUGGUGAGACCCUAUUAUCGGGGGGUUGUGGAGCCCCAUGGUUGUCUUUCAGCAGCUCCAUGACAUGGUGGGAGUAAAUCAUGGUCCAGACUUGGGCUGCUCAGAGUAGGAAGGUGCUUCUGCACCUUGCAGGCUAGCAUGGGCUUUGGCCUCCUAAAAGACAAGUCCUUGGGACCACAAGGAUCCCACCUCACCUGGGCGAGCAGCUGUCACUCGGGGCAGAGAGGGAGCUGGAGAGACCUGCUCCAUCCCUGCAUCCCAGGUACACCCCUUCAUCCAAGGCCCAGCUCCCACGACAGUACCACUGUGAUGGCUCCGACGCCUUCCUCGGUGGUUGUCCAAAGCUAUCCCUAAGAUUCCAUACAUUUUACAUGUCCUCAACUGAGUUAUGGUUGUUAUUUUUUAGCAAACUCUGUAGCCCUGAUGAGUUAUUUAAAUAAACUCACCUGUCUGGCCUGGGUGCUCCAUGCGGUUGAUACAAAGGUGGUCGACAGUGAUAAAAUGAGUGUUGGGGGCAGUCGGUUUUGUCUUUUAAAUGGCGAUUGCUCUCUGCAACCUGGGGGUUUUUACUCUCCGUUCCCUGGCAUCGCUACUGGCCGGGCUGCCCCUGCUCCAUGGCACAGCAGCUCUGGGUUUUGCACGGCCGGCGCUGAACUGGUGGGAGGAAACGUGGAUGCAAAACCCAGCAUAAACCGAUAGCAAAGGUCUGGGGUCCCAGCGGGAGCAAAUCCUGCUCCCACGCAGACACUCACAUGUGCUCCUCUGCAUCCCCUCGCUGCACAGGGGGAGCUAAAAAAGCACAACCAGAAAGCAACAGGCAACGUUGCAGAAUUCAAUCCAGGAGCAUUGUAAAAGCGUUGUGCUCUCAGAGCAUGGAUGCACCAGCCGUGGCCUGCUUCCAACACGCUGAUCCCGGCUUUGAACGCCGAAAAUUGCCCUUUUAGCAUACAAGAUGCCGCACAAUCUCAGCCGGCCUUAUCUCCGCGACCUUCUUGUGCCUCCUGUUCCAUGGGAUGUCUCCAGGCACAGGAGGCUGCCAACGCUCCUGGGCAGAGAGCGGCUCCACGGCUCUCGUUCGCUGCUCCCUUUCCACCGCUGGCUCGAGGCACUGAUAACUUU